AUGCUGUUAUUCGGAAAAAGGAGCGGCGUUGGGCCCGAUUCUGCCAACGGUGGCACCUGCGGCAGGAGCUGCUCCGCCAGCAACUCGAACUCCACAAACACCGAGUGCGACAGCACCGGUGGGAACAGGAACAUUCGCAGCAGUGGCAACAUCGAAGACAGGAGCAGCAGCAACAGCAGAUGCAGCAACAGCACCACUGACAGCAGCGCCAACCCCAACGGCAGCACUACCACCAACAUCACCAACAGCAACAGCAACAAUAUCAACGGCAUCGCCAGCAGCAGCAUCAACAGCAGCAGCAUCACCAACAGCAGCAGCGGCAGCACCAACGACAACAACAACAACACGGAUUCACCGCAUACCUCAUCAACGGCGCAGCGGGCACCGGAAGAGCUGCAGAAACGCGCAACGGCGAUGCGAGAGGCGGGUGACAUGUCGCGCAACUGCUUCCACCUCUUCGCCGACUACAGACUCUGCAUUUCAGACGAGUUGAAACGGAAGGGCCUUGAGUGA